AUGGUGAAGGAGAAAAGGCAUAGCUUGGGCCGCCGGAAGAUACAAAUAGCCAAGAUUACAGACAAAGAUCGAUUACAUGUUACUUUCUCAAAGCGCCGUGCAGGAUUGUUCAAUAAAGCAUGCGAGCUCUGUAUCUUAUGCGGUGCAGAGGUCGCUGUAAUCGUCUUCUCCCCAGCUGGUAAGGCGUUCUCCUUCGGCCAUCCAUUUGUGGACUGCGUACUAGAUCGCUUCCUUUCCCAGAGCUCCGCUCCAGAAAUCUGUUCACACCCUCUGGUAAAUGCUAAAAGUGGGGCUGGCGCUAUGUCUGAGUGCAGCCAACGGUAUAUGGCGGUCCUUAGCCAAUUGGAAGCUCUGAAGAUGGGAGGAGAGACGACAUUGGACCCAUUGAGCACAGGACAGUUCUGGUGGGAUUCGCCUAUUGGCAAUCUUGGGUUGCAUGAGCUCGAGAAAUUUAGGGCAGCCUUGGAAGAGCUGAAGAAAAACUUGAUAAUGCGAAUGAAUGAGCUGCUGAUUGGGUCUUCUUCUCAAUCAGGAGCAUUCUUCAAUGAGAACUGUGGUGAGGUGAUUGAUGAUCCACUUGCUUUUCUUACACCGAACUAUUUUUCGCCUAUUGGUCCUUUCGAUUUUGGCUCCGGAUAUGGACCUUUUUGA